GCUGUCGCUAAUCUACCGUAAUAAAACGAGUUUGGGCAAUUCCACGGUCAGCGAGGGGUGUGCUCUACUGUAGAACUUUUGCGUUUUGUGACGUACUGACUAACAUUCGGCAUUUCACAAACGCCUGAGAGGAAGGGCAGAGGAAAAGAAGGCCGGGCUCCUGCGCGCUUUCAUUGCUGGCGAAGGCGCUGCGGGAAGUGCUGCUGCCCGGCCACCCUUUAUAAUGGUGUAGCCGGGCUUCGUGUCACGUGACUUGGUUCCAAGAUGGCAGCGUCAGGGUCUGGCUUAGCGACUGAGACGGAUGAGUUCGAGGACGCGCCUGACGUGGAGCCGCUGGAGCCGACGCUGAGCAACAUCAUUGAACAGCGGAGCCUGAAAUGGAUUUUCGUCGGAGGAAAAGGUGGCGUCGGCAAGACCACUUGCAGCUGCAGCCUAGCUGUGCAGCUCUCCAAAGUACGUGAGAGCGUUCUCAUCAUCUCCACUGAUCCUGCUCACAACAUUUCAGAUGCCUUCGAUCAGAAAUUUUCCAAGGUUCCCACCAAAGUAAAAGGCUAUGACAACCUUUUUGCCAUGGAGAUUGAUCCAAGCCUUGGUGUGGCUGAGCUUCCAGAUGAAUUUUUUGAAGAAGACAACAUGCUAAGUAUGGGCAAGAAGAUGAUGCAGGAGGCAAUGAGUGCCUUUCCUGGUAUCGAUGAGGCUAUGAGCUAUGCUGAAGUGAUGAGGUUGGUGAAAGGGAUGAAUUUCUCCGUGGUGGUGUUUGACACAGCACCCACAGGGCACACGUUACGGCUGCUCAAUUUCCCCACCAUCGUGGAACGGGGACUAGGCCGCCUGAUGCAGAUAAAGAACCAGAUCAGCCCCUUCAUAUCGCAGAUGUGCAACAUGCUUGGCUUGGGAGACAUGAAUGCUGACCAACUGGCCUCCAAGCUGGAGGAGACCCUUCCUGUAAUCCGCUCAGUGAGCGAGCAAUUCAAGGAUCCGGAGCAAACCACAUUUAUCUGUGUCUGCAUUGCUGAAUUCCUGUCCCUGUAUGAAACAGAGAGGCUUAUCCAGGAACUGGCAAAGUGCAAGAUCGACACACACAACAUCAUAGUCAAUCAGUUGGUCUUCCCCGACCCAGAGAAGCCCUGCAAGAUGUGUGAGGCACGGCACAAGAUCCAGUCCAAAUACCUUGAUCAGAUGGAAGACCUCUAUGAAGAUUUCCACAUUGUAAAGCUGCCACUCCUGCCCCAUGAAGUGCGAGGGGCUGACAAAGUCAACACUUUCUCAAGUCUGCUACUGGAGCCAUAUAAGCCACCCAGUGCAAAAUGAGACACUAUGGAUUGGCUCCCAUUGAUGCCCCUGUCAACCAUUCCAUGCCUGCCCUUCCUCACCCCUUUCCUGCUAGAACUCCUCCCCUUCCAGUAGCCUUGUUUACCUCUUGCAAAUAUGUGAUUGAUGGGCUUCUGGUGGGAUUGGAAGAGGCAGAAUUUGGAGUUCCCACAUGUUUCUUCCUUGAUGCUGAUACUUCGUAGGACAUCCCAAAACCAGCCACAGCAUUGGAUCCUCCCCCCAACACACACUGAUCAGCUAAUUCAUUUAAACAUGGGUCAUGGUUUCUCUGUCACUCUGGCUUCUCCUUUUGAUCAUAUCUCCUUGGACUGAGGCCUUUUUGGUUGAGGUCCCAGUCAGGUACUGUGGUGAUAGACUGUCACUCUGUUUACACCAAGGCCAUCAAUCCUAAUGGGAGGUAUGUAAAUAAAGUAUAAGGGAACUAGUUUGCUGCUCUCCUUCAGUCAGACCAUGCUUUUCAUUUCUGGUGGGAGAUCUCAGCAGAGUGUGGAGGACAAAUGGGAGUGCUGUAGAAUGUCCUUUGUAGUAGGAGAAGAUUAAAAGUAUCCAUGCACGUCUUCUGCUUAAAAGUUUUGUUUUCUGAAGGCUAAAAAAGCAUGGAGAAUGAAGAUACCUUGUACUGCUCUUCAGCUUUACAUGAGAGUUGACCAGAAGUGUGGGUUUUGAAUUGUCAUGAACCCUCAGAUUUGCAGGGUUUACACAUGGUUUUCAAGUUCCAUAUAGCUUAAGUAGAUAUAAAGUGAAAGAUCCAUGAUCAGAUCUUCUGAGAUCUUUAAUUUAAAAACAACUUUGGGGUGCUUUGAAGAGGGACUGGGGCACAGGGAGUCUCUUAUUUGGAAACAGCACAGGAGAAAAGUAACUUUUUUUCUUCCCCCAAGCUGUUAGGAGUGGAAAGAUGGGCACCUCAACAAGACUAUAGUUCUAAUUCUGUAACAAUGGAGGAAAUCCUAACUACAACCCAUCAAUUUUGCUUUAAUUCAAGCUGUAAACUGAUACAUAAGGAACUAGCAACUCUGCAUGGUAGUUGAUGGCAAUAUGUUCUGUUACUGUUUCUGUUGUGAAGAUGAACAAAUAUGUGGGAGGGAGCUAGAAGCACAUUAACACAAUAAAGUAUUAUACACAG